CACAUACGUAGAUGUUACAAACUUAACAGAAGAUUUUUUUUUUUGGGACAUGCUCUGCUUUUGUAUGUACGUUUUAGCUGUACAGUUGAAUGGCUUUAUGAGGCGAACAAUGUCCGGGUGAGGUGAUUUUACGCACGCCGCUGAAAUGGAUCACAAGCUCUCCAGAGGCAGCUGGGUACCGGUGACUGGGCUGGUUGUAUGUCUACUUCUGUGCGCGUGUGUAGUGGACCUGGUUCUUGCGCAAAUUCGGUACUCCAUUCCCGAAGAGCUGGAGCAUGGAGCUUUUGUGGGCAACAUCGCCGAAGACCUGGGCUUGGAUGUGGCCAAGCUGUCAGCCCGUCGGUUUCGUAUAGUCUCUGGCGCAAAGAGGCAGUAUUUAGAAGUAAACUUGGAGAAUGGCAUACUCUUCGUCAACGAAAAGAUAGACAGAGAGGAGCUGUGUGAACGAAGCCCAAACUGUUUUUUACACUUACAAGUGGUCAUUGAAAACCCAUUAGAACUGUACAGAGUGGAAGUGGAAAUUGUAGAUGUGAAUGACAACUCCCCCAGUUUCCCAUGGAGCGAGUUUAAUAUUGACAUCACAGAGUCGGCUGCUCCCGGCUCCUGUUUCCCGUUAGAGAGCGCACAGGAUCAGGACGUGGGCACCAACUCUCUACGCUCCUAUCAGCUAAGCGCAAACGAGCACUUUGUACUGAAUAUCCAGACACGCAACGAUGGGAGCAAGUUUGCUGAGCUUGUGCUGGACACCCCAUUGGACCGGGAACAGCAGAAAAAGCAUGAAAUGGUUCUGACUGCCUUUGACGGGGGGUCACCGGAACGCUCUGGGACAGCACUGAUAACUAUUACAGUGUUAGACGCAAACGACAACGUGCCCGUAUUUGACCGCUCGGUUUACCGGUCUAGCAUGGUGGAGAACGCACCGAGAGGGACGCUGGUGCUGAAACUGAACGCCACAGACCUGGAUGAAGGCUCGAAUGGGGAGGUGACCUACGCGUUUAGCGGGCAUGCACCCCUCAAGGUGCGCGAACUGUUCAGCGUGGACCCGUAUACUGGCGAAAUCCGAGUGAAGGGCAUUGUGGACUAUGAGAAAGCCAGUGUAUAUGAGCUGUAUGUGCAGGCAAAAGACAGGGGGCCCUCAGCUGUGGCUGUACACAGUAAAGUGCUUGUAGACAUCAUGGAUUUGAAUGACAACGCGCCCGAAGUCAUCCUCACAUCAGUUUCCACUCCUGUGCAGGAAGACGCGCCACCGGGCACGGUGAUAGCCGUUAUCAGUGUAAUGGACCGGGACUCGGGAGAGAACGGAAACGUUGACUGCCAAAUACCGAGCAACGUCCCCUUUCAGCUCCAUUCCUCUUUUAAAAACUAUUACACUCUGGUGACGAGCGAGUUUCUGGACAGGGAAGCGGUGUCCGAGUACAACAUCACCCUCACAGCCCGAGACUUGGGCUCUCCUUCGCUCUCCACCAGGAAAACAAUCCUCGUUCAAGUAUCUGACAUUAAUGACAACCCCCCGCGCUUCUCUCAACCUUCAUACACAGUUUAUGUGACCGAGAAUAAUGCCCCGGGCGCUUCCAUUUGCUCUGUAACUGCAUUCGACCCCGAUUCUAACCAGAACGCAUAUCUGUCUUAUUCUAUUCUAGAGGGUCAGAUUCAGGGCAUGCCCGUGUCCACUUAUGUCUCAAUCAACUCUGACAACGGCAAUAUAUAUGCACUGCGCUCUUUUGAUUAUGAGCAACUUAGAAACUUUCAGAUUCUGGUCCAGGCGCAGGAUGCUGGUUUCCCUCCUCUCGCCAAUAAUAUCACAGUCAACGUCUUUGUCUUGGACCAGAAUGACAAUGCACCUGUUAUUGUAUCCCCGCUGCCAAAAAACGGCACCGUGGCCACAGAGGUGGUUCCGCGGUCAGUAGACGCUGGAUACCUGGUUACCAAAAUAACAGCGUUAGACGCAGACGCAGGGCAAAACUCCCGGCUAUCCUAUCAGGUGUUGCAGGCUACAGACCCGGGGCUGUUCAGUGUGGCUCUGUACACGGGCGAAAUAAGGACUAUUCGCCGGCUGGUGGAAAAAGACACAACAAGGCAAAGACUGGUAAUAUUAGUCAAGGACAACGGACAGCCGCCGCUCUCCGCCACAGUCUCCAUUAUCCUCACAGUGGUAGACAGCGUACCCGAGUCGCUGUCAGAUUUCGGAGACCUCACACUCAGCCCACAGCCCCCCUCAAACCUCGCUCUCUACUUGAUCGUGUCACUGAGCACAAUAUCUUUAAUAUUCCUUGUGGCUAUUAUCGUGCUAGCUGCGGUCAAGUGCUACAAGGACAGGGACACACUCAGCGGGUACAACCUCCCUCCUUUCGCCUGCUGCUGUUGCGGGGGGUUUCAGCCCGAUCCGCCACCGGAGGUGUUCAAAAAAUCCAACCUCAACCUGCAGAUUUCAUCUGCGGCCAAAGUCCCUACGAACUGUAUGGAGGUGAAUGGAAACAGCAGUCUCUCGCAGUCCUAUUGUUAUAAAGUGUGCCUGACUCCAGAAUCAGCCAAAAGUGACUUUAUGUUUCUGAAGCCGUGCAGCCCCGGCAGCACGCCGAGGAACAACGAGGCGAAGAGCGCAGAAAACUCGUGGAACGCGCAAAGCCGGAGCGCAUCUGUGAACAACGGAGCAACUACUCCCAAUGAGCUGAAGCAGCCAAACACAGACUGGACCCUCACAAAGAAUCAGAACUCCUCUAUUAAAAGUUAUAACUCUAUCAACAUGGAUGGCACCCUCAUGCGUAAGGCCAUGCAUGCAGACCCAGAAAACUACGUCACCUCCAUGGCGCCUGGACAGUACUGGACUUGGGGCACUCAGAUGAGAGGGAUGAAAGACUAUAAGAUGUCUCCUUCAACCAGUGGGGUCCCCUCUCGACCCUGGACUCCUCUGUGCACACCUCCUCCCCAACAACAACAGCCAUCAAUACCUCCUCACCCUCACGCUCACCUGCACCCACACCCGCACCCGCACCCACACCCACACCCACACCCAAACUCUCAUCCGAACCCUCACCCGAACUCUCAUCCGAACCCUCACCCAAACCCUCACCCGAACCCUCAUCCGAACACUCACCCGAACACUCACCCGCACCCACACCCACACCCACCACCUGACUACCACCACAAUGUGUAUAUCCCUGGGACACCAUCAGGCUUUUGCACCCUGAGGCCCGUAGUACAGCGAAGCGAGCUGGACGUCCACAAUUCCUUCUCCACCUUUGGAAAGAAGCGGCGUCUUCAGAUGUCCCCCCAGGGAGAGGCUGCGAUUAUAAAUAAUGACCUGUACAAUGACUGACUUUUCAAUGACUGUCCGAACGGAUGAAUAAGAUGGCGGAUAACCUCAAAUGAAAACUGAGGAAUAGACCAUUUAGUGAAUAAACAUAUGACAAGUGGGAUGAACAAUACAGAGGAUAUGCAAAAGAGGAAUAAGUGAACAAUCCAUUUGGGCUAAAAUGCUGAAGGGAAAUGAAGUCUGAUGGCUAUUUAUGUGACAUGCCACUGCAACAUAGUCAAUGUAUGUGUCUGCCUAUUAUUCUUAUAAUUUAGACAAUCAAACUGCAGCAGCAAUUACAUCCAAAAUGUUUUAAAAAGCAUUAGUGGACAAUAAUUUUGCACAUACUUAUGAAUUUAUAUUUUUGGUUAUAUGAAAAGAAAAAGUGUUUUCUUUUUGUAUGUUUGUUUGCUAACAGAGCUUGUGUGAAUAUGACAAAUAGUAUGAUCAUGUAUAUGCAAGCUGCAACAUGAUGCAGACAACUGUAAAGAGGGGGGACUUUCCCCACACAUGUACUGUAUACAUUUAUGAAAAUAAAGUAUUUUUUUCAUA